CUUCCAGUCUUCGUCUCUGUCUCUUCUCCUUUGCUUUGUUCUUCUCCAACCAUGUCUUCGAUUCUGAGUUCGCAGGGUAUGGUCUUAGCAACAGCCAUGGCGGUUUCAGGCGCUGUAAUUCUCCUUUCUUUCUGCCGCCAGAAGCCUCUCUCUACUACCCAGCUUUCCGUUGAUCAGAAUUCCGACUGUUCGCCUCGAAUUCUUCGCUCUUGCAUCUCUUCCGAUGAGAAAAAGAGAGAGAGAAAGAAGAAAAGGGUUCACUUUGCGGCUGAUGUGGUGGAUCCAAUGGGUAACGGUGAGGAGUUCAGAAAGGAACAAAAUAAGAAUUCAAUGAUGUCGACUAGAAUUUGCAGGUCUCAGAGUUACAGGGUUCAAGAAAUGUCUUCUAACCGAAUUGCCCUGUACAAUGGAAUUCUUAGGGAUCGUGUGCAGCCGCAGAGGAUGGGCUGUUCGUAUUAAUUAGAUCUCUUUGCAACUGUAAACCACCCAUGUGAUUAGUCUCUCUGAUUGUAGUUCUUAACUCAGUUUUGUAAAAAGAUGGUAGUAGUUGUUGAUGUUGUUCAGUUUAAUUCAUCCUUUGUAAAUAUAACAACUUUUUCUGUAACCCCGAACGGACAGACAUUGUUGGA